UUCCAACAGUAAACAGUCCGUUUUAUUUUUGUUCCGUGCUCAGUAAAAAUGUCUGUGCAAUAAUUGAAAAUUGUGAAGAAAAAUAGAAAAUUAAAAGAUGAAUAUACAAAUAAGGGGACAGAAUAACUGAUAAUCGGAAAUACAACACAGAAAAGACACAAGAUGCAACUCUUAUCUUUGUUUCUGCUGCUGGCUCCUAUAACUCUGGCGGAAUAUAUCCCGCCAGGGCCGUUCUACAGGUGCCCCGAAGAAAAGCUGCUGCUGCAUCCUUGUACCUGCGACGCCGAGUCCGACGACGGCGUCUAUGUGAGUUGCAACAACACGAACCUGGCCAGCAUGAGUAUCGGCCUCAAUAACCUGGCCACCUUCAGACUGCCCAUCGAGAAACUGACGAUUUUCAAGUGCAACAUCGGUAGACUGUAUGGUAGUCUUCUUUACAAACUCAAAGUGAAGAUAUUAGAUAUUGAAGAUACUCCGAUAGAAAAAAUCGAAGACCAUACCUUUUUGGGUGUCAAUGCUACCCUGAAUGAACUCCAUCUCAGAAACACCAGCUUGAAAGAAUUUCCGAAGCUGGCAUUCAAGAUUUUGGGAAAUCUAACGACCCUCAACAUAGAUGGCCACCAAAUGACAGACCUUCCAGAAGACAGUUUCUCAUCUAGCGGAAUGACAGGCAGCCUAUUCAAACUUUACAUCACUCACGGAAAUCUGACAACACCGCUGCCAGAAAGUCUGCAACCACUAAGAAGACUGAAAAUCCUCGAUCUGCAUGGAAAUCAAAUAAAAAACUUGAAGCCCCACCAGUUCAAAGGCUUGAGGGAUGUAGAGUCUGUGGAUUUGAGUUUCAAUGAAAUACCCAAAAUCGAUGCAUCACAUUUAGCUGAUCUUACGAAACUCUCCUUCCUCAAUGUUUCACAUAAUCAACUCACAGAAAUUACCAGAGGAGCAUUUGCAAGGAACACAGUACUGAAACUGCUCAACAUGAAUUUCAACAAAAUCAAGCGCCUCGAUCAAAAUAGCUUCAGAGGUAUGCGGUUCCUGAGAAGACUUUACCUUUCUGAUAAUUUAAUCUCCGAUGUGGGACGUGGUACAUUUGGAUCAUUAAAACGAAUAGGGACCAUUGACUUGGCUAGAAAUCAGCUCAAAAAAAUCGAUUACCAAAUGUUCUUCCAGCUCAACUUCAUCGAAGUGUUGGACGUAUCAGGAAACCAAGUGACAGAAAUCCAAAAACUAGCGUUCAAAGACAUCUACUUGACCCACAUAAACCUCUCGAAUAAUAAAAUAUCCAAAAUCGAGGCAGGUGCUUUCGAGAACUGUGCUAACAUCACCAUAUUGGAUCUGUCCCACAACCAACUCGCGAAUCUACACAAGGGAGCAUUCGAUGAAACCACCUAUGCCACUGUCUUACAGCUUUCUUACAACCUUUUCACCAAUCUAUCCCAAGUGCCUCUGCACAACAUGACCGGCAUCAAAGUCCUUAACGUUUCCCACAAUGCUAUCACCUCCAUACCAAGAAAAACAUUCCCCAAGCUAUACGAGUUACACACCAUAGACAUCUCCCACAACAACCUGAGAGAAAUCCACAACGCGGUGUUCCAAACCUUGUUCUCCUUGAGGAACUUAAACAUGAGCUUCAACGACAUGGAGGUCAUCAAAUCUGGAGCUUUGGGCAGUUUGCCGACUCUGCUAGAACUAGACCUCAGCUACAACAGCAUCUCUACUGUGGCCAAAAGCUCUUUCACAAGACUAGGAGGCACCAGGCAGAUUUAUUUAAGAGGCAACAAGAUUCAAACUUUGUUUGAAAUACCGAUUUCAGUUUCUCACAUCGAUCUGAGCCACAAUGAAUUCGAGAAGUUGCCCGAGGAAGCUUGGCCUAGUAUGAAUUCUUUGCUCAGCUUGGAUUUCAGCUACAAUCGUUUCGGAGAGAACUUGGGACAAGGGAGUUUUACUAAUUUGUUGACGCUGCAGAGGUUGAAUUUGAAUUACAAUGGCAUCGAGAAUCCACCGUGGGUUGCUAUCAGUGAGCUGACUUCAUUGCAGUACCUUUAUCUUGAAGGCAAUAACUUGACAAGAAUCAAAAGAAACGCCUUUGGGAAGCUCCCAGUAGUUUUUGAAUUGAAUAUGGCCAACAACAACAUUCACAAUAUAAGUGCCAGAGCAUUCGAAGGACUUUUGCAAGUCCUUGUCCUGAAUCUGACUAACAACAAUUUGACUCAUAUUCCGAACGGAGCAUUCCAAGGUCUUGUAUCCUUGAGAACUUUGGAUCUAUCACAUAACAGAAUUUCCAAAUUGGACAACAAGACUCAUGGCAUACUUGAUGAUUGUCUAUCGAUAGAGAAGGUUGACCUGAGUCACAACAAAAUCAGUUUUCUGUCAAGGAAAUCAUUUCCCAGUAAUCCUUAUAUACCAUACAAAUUGAGGGAGAUUGAUCUUUCCUACAAUUUGAUGCCAGUUUUGACAAUGGACAUAACAGUUGGAACGUCAAAAGUUGAAACCUUGAAUUUGUCGCAUAAUGCCAUUGCUGAUAUCCGUACAGGUGUUAUCGGUAAUAUUACAAGUCUCAAAUCAUUGGAUCUGUCUAACAACAAACUGUAUGACCUAACCAGCGACGAGGAGUAUUUCAGGUUGCCAGAAAGUAUUUCCGAAAUCUAUUUGGCCAACAACCUGUUGGAGGAAUUGCCAUGGAAACAUUUGAAGAAAGCCAAUCAAAUGUCUGUGCUCGAUUUGCGAAACAACCUCUUCGAAAAUUUCGUACCAGAACUGGUCGAUUUGGUUAAGAAAAAAGUUGAUGUUUAUUUUGAAGGUAACAGAUUACAAUGCGAUUGUUUUUUGCGUCCGCUGUCUAGACAUUUCAACAGUCAACUGGUUUUGAAGCCAUUCUACAAAACAAUCACCUGUUUGGGACCGCCAUAUUUGGCGAAUCACACGCUAUACGACCUUCCCGAAGAAAGGUUGAAUUGUCCUGUGAAUGCUAAUAUUUCGAAAUUCAAGGAAAAUAUGCCAGGAGAUUAUGAAAUUCUGUCGGACUUGAAAUUCAGAGAGUUGUCGAAAAAAAACAACAUCUUCAAAAUAAAAUGGAGGGUCAUGAAAGAAUCCGACAUAGGCGAUACGGAGAUUUUCAUCCGAGAAAACGUCAACGCUGCUGUCGAUGUAGUUUUUCAUGCGACGUUGCCGUACUUUAAGCGAUCCUUGGACAUCGACAUCAGCAAAGAUUUCGACAAGUCCGUCAAGAACGUGAAAGGACUGCAGAUAUGCCUGCUGGCGAAAAACAGUCUCGGGAAUGUGAGGAGCUUUUAUGAAGAACAGUGCAAGGAUUUGUCCAAAUCGUCUAGUACCAGAAGGAUGGCGAACAGUUUCUGUGGUUUCUUGUUAUUUAUUGUUUUUAAAUAUGUGAUAAUUUGAAUAAAUACAUUAUUUGUUAUGAUCCCGC